AUGAGGUCCACCCCUCUCGGCUUUGGCUUUGCUUCGUUGGCGUGUGGCGCCAUCUCCAGCAGCUUCCGAAUGACCGCCGGAAAUUUGGAGCAGGCGGAAGGACGUGCCAGCCAGGUUCGAUCGGAAACCUCGACACCACCUCCGCUCGCUCGGAAAGUCGAGAACAGACCUGAACUUGUCGGUGGCCUUCCACUCUGGCUCACGAUGGGAGCCAUGACGCAACUUAAACGUUGGGCCGAGAUGUUAAACUUUCGGCCAGGGCUGAAUCUGCGAGCGCGCAGAGUUGAGAAAAUGGAGAAUAUGAUCGUGAGCGGCAUUUCCGAAACUCCAGACCUUCCAGUCGGAGCAGCUCUGCGACGAAUCGCGGACGCUAUGGAAGAAGAGCUCGCGUGUUUGCGCUUGUCUCUCGCUUCGGCAAAAGCGGAGUUGUCGCAUGCAAAAGCAGAGACAACUUCUCUGCGAGAACAGCUCGGUUUCUUCAAGUUGAGAAAUGCUCGGGCAGGAAAGUCUAAAGCUGCGCAAGCGAUGUCCUCCACUGUAUCGCAGUUGCGGUUGUUGUUAUGUAAGGAGCAGACACGUGCUGCAGCGGCAGAGAAAAAGUUGGCAGACUUAGAAGAACGUCUGCAAGCUCUUGAAACAAGAAACAGUAUGGUAUUCGGUGAUUCGGUAAAGCUAUCGGCGAUGUAUCUAUCGGUUGUGGCAGUGUUUGUUGGUUAUCUGAUGCAACAACCUUACGGCCCGCAGAUCCUUGGGCGCCUUUUCUCUGCGAACCAUUAAGCCCCAGUUUGCAGAUACGACUUCGAGUGACCUGUGAACGCCGGCACCGCUCUUCGGAAAAUAUAUUCUCUAGUUAUGAGAAAAUGAAGUAUGGUGAGGCGGUGCGUUGUCGAGAAAAAAAAAACUGCGACUGGGUCGGGGCACAGAAAGCGGAUAUACUCGCGGUCUUAUACUAAACGUGUAGAAGUGAGUUGUAUAUUAUAUACAGGGUGCAGACAGGCUUCGAUAAAUGAUUUUACUGUACUUCGCU